GUGAAGCCAAAUGGUUGGUCGUGUCUGGGAUACGGUUUGGAUCAGUUGAUAGAAUGUCACCCUUUAAUUUGCACGCAUUUGGUCAGAAGGCUCUCGAUAGCCCCUCCGCUCAGCAGUCGGCCUGCAGUUGCUCAUACUCAGUCCCGCUAUCACGGUUGUCGCGAACGGCACAGCACCAUAGACACGGGCAGAGAGUUGGAGGGCGGCGGCCUGCGUUAGCAUGCGGCGCCAGGGCUGCAGGGCUUGUCCACAAUUACGGGGGCCUUCCCCUGUCAAGAAGAUCUGUUAGUUCAGACAAUUGGCGGUUGGCGGUGUCGUCUGGAGCGGUGCCGGAGCCGGAAGAGGAAAUUAGCGGAUACACGCCGGCAAAUUACAUUAACUUUACAGAGGAUCCAGAAGGGAUAGCCGAGCAUGUUGUCAGUACUGUUGUUGAUGCGCCAGUCAGCGUCUGCUAUAACCUUUGGAACGACUGGAACAGACUCGUGGAAUUUCUGGACCUCGUUGCCCAGAUUGGGCUCGAUCCCAACAAUCCGGACCUGGCCUUGUUCCAGUGCUUCUAUCGGCACGGACACUUGCCCACCAUGGAGAUUGUCUUUGUCCUUCAACGGAUGGAGGCUGUGCAGGAUAAGCGGAUAGUGUUCGAGUCCGUAUGGGGAAUGCCCAUGGCAGGCGAGAUCACCUUCACUGAGAAGCCGCCCCGCGCCGCUCCCCAGUCCCCCGCCCGACAGCAGCAGCAACAGCAACACCAAGCCGCUCAAGGCAAGCAGCGACGAGGGAAAGAUGCAUCCCAGCAGCAGCCACAGCAGCCCGGGCGGCCCCGUACGGAGAUUACGCUACGCUUCCGGCACUCGCUGCCCGACAUGCUCAUGGACUUGGGCGUAGGGCCCGCUGCCGUACAGGACACCUUGGGUUCCAUCCUGCAGGAGAACCUGGCGGCGUUCCGGAAGCUGGCGCAGCAGGCGGCGGCUGCGGCUGGGGGCGCGGGCGAGGGGCUGCCCCCGCCAGCUGAGGCUGGGGAGCGGGAGCUGCCGCUGUUUGACGACAAGGCGGAUUUCCUGCUGUUCGACGCCAUCAUGGAGAACCUGGAGGACCUGGACCAGUGGUUGCCGCCUGACGAGGAGGAGGAGGGGCAGCGCCAGGAGGGACAGCAGCAGCCGCGAGAGGAGGAGCAGGAGCACGACGUCCAACUGGUGGUGGACGAGGACGAGCUGCAGCAACUGGAGCGGGACCGCGCAGCAGCAGCAGCAGCGGCAGCGGCGCCAAAGGAGUCAGCGCCAGCGGCGGCACCAACAGCAGGGCCCCCAUCCGCACCAGAGCCGGUGUCGGCCGCUCCUGCUGCUGGCGGUAUCAGCAGUGAUGCACAGCGGCCGAGCGUUGUAGGAGUGGGGGAGGCGGAGGGCGGUAAAGCGGCGAUCUCGGCGGAGGCAGCAGCGCCUGAGGCGGCGGCAGUGCCUCGUUCCACGGCACGGACCAAGAAGGGGUCAGCGGAAGCGCCGGCGGCAGGGGCUGCUGCACCUGCGGCGGCAGCUGGGAAAAAGCGCUCAGUUAAGCCCCGGGGAGGAACGGCGUCCUAGGGAGAUGGAGGGAUGGGUUGAGGACAGGAGGGAAGCGAGGGCACGUAGCGGUCUAGGAGGUCAGGGAUUGAGUCCGAACGCAUAUAUGCUUUUGUAUGCUGGAGAGCGUAAGGCUAGGAACGAAGGAAAGGCGUUUCGUUGUCUUGUAGAGGAGAGGCGACUUUGUAGCUGAUUUUGCGGCAGUUUUGGGCAGUUUUGUAUUUGGCGCUUCAUUUGAGGCGUCCCAGCCGCAAAAUGAGAGGAGCUGUUGGCGUUUCGAAGUGAGGAGAUGCCAUGGUGCCAAAAAUGCGCUGAGGUGUAGUCGCUGCUAGGCAAGUGGGUGAAGCCGCGUUGUGGGAGGGAGAGAGCCCUGGUUGGCAGUUGCUGAGAGGUGGUCACUGUUUCGUGCUGGGGAGAGGUCAUGCUUCGGCCACAUGCUCCGGUCGCCUGUGCAACUGGCUGGCUUCGUUGACUUGAGCGAUACCGGCAUAUGCUGAUGUGACUGAUGUCCUAAAGGUUGCAGCCCAUUGCUGCGGCACCAGAGCAGGAAAUGGUACCGUACGGAUGCGUUUUCACUUGGAACAUAGUUGCAAGAGUUAUGGUCCACAGGUGUGGCGAUGUUGCGGUGUGCAUGACUGCCUCAGACCCUCAGGCCCUGGUUUACGCGGCUGCUGAUGUUACGGUGGGUUCCCAACGCCCUACCAGCAUCAUGCUCGCACGUGCAGCUUAUGGUGCUGUACGAAACAUUGUCGUACAGUGCCAUCCUUCCGGACUCUUCAUCAUGCAACGCGCGCCGCCGUCCCAACGGUUUCACGAAGCAUGCUGACCCGCUAUGUUACCGCUGAUUCGUGUCAGACGCAGGGAGGCUAAUGGUGUGACGGAUGGUUGCCCGCCUGCUGUUGUGCCUGGCGGGCUCUUGCUGGGAUGGCGGCAGGCGUCCGCCCCGGGUGUGCCAGCACCCUCCCUAUUCCGCAGUGCUGGCAGUAGAGGAGUGUUUGCUGCGGAGGGGCGUGUUAGGCGGGGGCGCGCCAGGUGGUACGCGACAUGUCGUACACAAGGGCUAUCAUGUGCGUGUGACUGUGUGUCAUGCGCUGCCAACUAUGUGUGAGCUGUGCUGCCUGGACCCGCCAUGCACCGCUGCUAUUGUGCGUGUGCUGGUGGGGCGGGCCGCAUCUGACUAGAGCAUACGGCUUCAGGUAGGGAGUCGUACGACUCUUGGGAUGGAAAAGGGUAUUAUAUGUGUACGGCAGCGGUUAGUGCGGUGGUGGAGGGCAAAACCUGCGCAGCUUCACUGAGGCAAAACUAUGAUGGAACGUUAGCGGCUAGGAGCGCCACCUAUAUGUAGAUUGCGUGCCUCAGUUGUUACCGCGGUAGUCCGGAGUGAUGACGGAACAGUGUGCAUUGGGUUUGCCAGGUGUGUUCCGACAGGUGUAGGGAGGGACGUUUGGGGGAUGCGUGUGACCUGACUAACCAUCGUUAAUUAACCGUAGAACUAUAGGACUUGUGUUGCACGGUGGAGGUUGGUCGCUUGGCUUGUCUGCGGAUUGCGUUGGGUCCUGGUUAUCUUGAGCCAUGUUAAGGCUAGGAGGUGCGGCGUGCUGGAUAGCUUGCCGUGUAACGAGCACACGUGUGUGGUUUAGAAAAGCAGCCCGCGACUGUCAUGUACCGGUAUCAGGGGCAGGAGCUGCAGGUUCAGCUGGCCCCUGCUUGCUUGCUUGUACACAU